AUGUGCUUGUUCUACCUCUUGUUGCUCGCAGUGCUGACGUGCUUCGGUCUGUCGCCAACAGCGUCGGCAUUCCCGCUCAACAUUACUGUGUCUCAGCAAUGCACACCACUCAACGUCACCUGGAGAGCAUUCCCAGAAGCAUUCCCCUAUACCGUCUGGGUUGUCGCCAACCACGGCUUUGUACAGACCUUUCGCAUCAACAGCGACUAUCAACCCGGCUUGGAUCACAUUACCUUUCAGUAUGUCGUGCCUCCCCCUUCCGCUGGAUUCGGUUCGUACACCGUCACUGUGGGUGACUCGAGAGGUGAUGGCAACACGACUCAAGCGCUUGGCAUCGGCACUCCCAACGGAUCGUCGUCCAACUGUCCGGCCUACACGGGCAGCGCCGCCUUCACGUACGCGGCAGAUUCGCGCAACGCAACGAGCAUGAUCCAAUGCGGUGCGGUCAAUUUUUACAACAUCGGCGAUCGAGGCACACGACCAUUCACCAUCAGCUUCAUCCCCUUGGGUGGUACGCCCGUGUCUGUCCAGGUACCCGACCGAGCCACGCUUAACAUCUCCAACUUCAACUAUCUCAGUCUCGUUCCCUUUGAGCAGGGCACCAAGUUCCAGACCGUCUUGGGCGAUGCUUCUGGUCCAGGCAGCGGUGGUGCUUCCGAGGUCUUUGACGUCGGACCCUCUACCUUUAACCCCGACUGUCUUUCUUCCAGCUAUUCGCUGCCCGAUAAGCUGCCCAUCGCCCUUCCCAUCGCCAACAAUGUGGCCACGUUCAUGAAUCUUCCUGGCGCUAUCUCACCGUCGGCUCCGCAGCCCAGCCCCAGACCCAAUUCGACGGGCGCGAUAGCUGGAGGCGCUAUCGGAGGUGCUAUUGCGCUCAGUGUAGCCAUCGGUUGCUUGAUCGCCUAUCUUGUCUACCGAAAGAGACAAAGGAAGAAGCGCGAUUUGGCCCGCAGUGAAGAGGUGCACUUUGUCGAUCUAGAUGGUGACGACGACGAUAGUUGGGCUGCAGCAGCUCGACCCAAUCGCGACGCAAGCCGGAAUGGCAAUAGCCAAACAGAAGACGGUCGUUCCGCGCGUCUUUCGUACGCUGUAUCGCCCUUUGUUUAUGAAGCGAGACACCGCACCAACCCGUCGUCUGAUGGACGAUACGGUCAGAGUCUCGAGAUGACUUCGCCCGUUUCUACCAACAACAGCUACGGCGAGCUUCUGAGCGCUGCAGGUAUUGCACGAGCUACCUCGAAUGAUGAUUAUCCUCCGCGUGCAGGCAACGUUUCGAUGCACUCGCAGCAUUCAAGUCAAGAUCCUUUCACAUCACGCAGCGAGGUUUAUCCUUCCAUCACGCGAGGAGCAAGUUUGCAUUCUGCAGCACCUGAAGCAACUACGUCAAACAAAGCACGCGUAGCAGCAGUACAGGCGAGGCGAGAUAAUCGAGCACCGCGCCUGGUUGUGCAACAUACCGACGGAGGAUCCUUACCACAACCUUCGAGUGAUACGGAAGAUGAAGACGUGGUGGAUGAACUUCCACCAGAGUACGGCGGUUGGCUGCAGAACAACGGUGCGAGUGGAGCAGGCAGUCAUAGCGGUACGACGAAUGAUGUACAAGGAACCCCAUCCAACGGUGGCCCAUAUGGAGCGAGGAAUGCACCAAUAGCCGGCACGGCAUCCGCACAAGCACACCAGGGUGCUGCAGAAUACGACACCCAUGGUACAUUCUAA